ACACUCACACAGUCACUCAACACACUCCCAGCUCCCAGCUCCCAGCCAACCCCGCCAUGGCCACCUCCACCAUGUCUGUCUGCUCCGAUGCUUGUACCAACUCCUCCUGGCAGGUGGAUGACUGCCCAGAGAGCUGCUGUGAGCCUACCUGCUGUGCCCCCAGCUGCUGCCAGUCCAGCUGCUGCCAGCCCAGCUGCUGUGUGCCCAGCUGCUGCCAGUCCAGCUGCUGUGUGCCCAGCUGCUGCCAGCCUAGCUGCUGUGCCCCAGCCCCCUGCCUGACCCUCAUCUGCACCCCAUUGAGCUGUGUGUCCAGCCCCUGUUGCCAAUCUCCCUGUACCAGCUGCUGCUCACCCUCAUGCUGCCAACAGUCUAGCUGCCAGCAAGCUUGCUGUACCUGCUCCCCCUGCCAGGCAUCUUGCUGUGUGCCAGUUUGCUGCAAGCCUGUCUGCUGUGUGCCAGUCUGCUGUGGAUCCCCCUCAUGCUGCCAGCAGUCUAGCUGUGAGCCCUCUUGCUGCACCUGCUCUCCCUGCCAGCCAUCCUGCUGUGAACCAACAUGCUGUGAGCCUUUGUGUUGUGAACCUGUCUGCUGCACGCCUGUCUGCUCUGGAUCAUCAUGCUGCCAGCCAUCCUGCUGUGUGCCCGUCUGUUGCAAGCCUGUCUGCUGCACACCCAUCUGCUCUGGAUCCUCAUGCUGUCAAUCUUCCUGCUGUGUGCCUGUCUGCUGCAAGCCUGUCUGCUGCAAGCCCUGCUCCAGCGUGUCCCUGCUGUGCCGCCCUGUGUGCAGACCUGCCUGCUGUGUGCCCACCUCCUCCUGCUGUGCCUCCUCCUGCCAGCCCAGCUGCUGCAAGUCCUGCUCCAGCGUGUCCAUGCUCUGCCACCCAGCCUGCUCCAGACAAGUCAGCUGUAGCCUCUCUUCUGGCCAGAAGUCCAGCUGCUGACCCCAAGUGCUCCUCUGGGGUACUGUCCGGCACAGGCUGCUCUGUACUACUCUAACCGUUCCCAGCCUCUAGCCUUGACCACAGAAGAUUAGCCAUGGCCAUCCAGAAGGUGGUUGGCUCCUGAGUCCUUCCCUGAGGCUGCCUGAAUGGAGCCCCACUGCCUCCUUAGGCCCUAAGUCAUGAGAUUAGUCCCAACUCCAGCAGUCUUAGCCUUACCUGGGCUCUCACUGCAUAUAUCCUGAUAAGCCUGCCUUUGGGGCCUGCGAAGGUAGUUCAAUGGUUAAGACACUUACGCUCUUGCAAAGGACCAGAGUCCUGUUCCCAGUGCACAGCGGGUGACUGACAACUGCCUGGAGGUUGUCAUUCCUUUUCCAGGGCAUUUGCUGCCCUCCUCUGGCCUCUCUGGAAACCUGCACUCAUCUGUACACACACACACACACACACACACAC